AUGGUGUCUCCCGCCCUGAACCCCCUCAUCUAUAUCCUGAGGUACCAGGACACGAAGACAGCUCUGAGGAGGGUGCUGGGACCCCAGUUAGAGAAGAUCCUCUUAAUGGUUGUCUUGAUCUUCGACCUCCUAACCCUGGUGGGCAAGAUCGCCAUUAUUCUGGUGACCCGACUGGAUCUCCAUCUCCAUACGCCCAUGUACUUCUUCCUGUCUCAACUCUCCCUCAUGUACCUCUGCUUCACCACCGGCAUCGUCCCCCAGCUUCUGUGGAACCUUCGGGCGCCCUCCAAGACCAUCAUCGUAGGCCGUUGUGCGGUCCAGCUCUAUGACCUCCUGGCCUUGGGUUCAACGGAGUGCGUCCUUCUAGUCUUUAGGGUCUUGAACCAUCACGCCUCCAUCUGCCGACCCCUUCACUACACCACCGUCAUGCACCCGCGACUCUUCCGGGCCCUGGUAGGCUUAGCCUGGAUGGGUGGGGUGGGGGACACAGCGAUUCAGGCCACCGUCAUCUUCCACCUGCCCCGCUGUGGACACCGGCGACUUUUCCACUUCCUCUGUGAGAUGUCCACCAUGCUCAAGCUGGCAUGUGUGGACGUUCGGGACAAUGAGAUCCAGCUCUUCGUCGGCGCUUUGGUCCUGAUUCUCCUGCCCUUGAGCCUGAUCACGGUCUUCUGUGGGGCCAACGCCCGGGACGUGCUGAGGAUCUAG